CAACGUAACUGCGUCGUUUAGCAUGCAAUUAGCAAAUAGCAAUCAGCAAUUCACCUUCCCACUAUUUCCGAUUUCCCAGUCGCGGAGUCGCCUCUUCCCAGUGCCACUUCCCUUUCAGAAGCGUCUCUUUGAGCGCCAUCAAAUACAAUUGAAAACAACAUGUCCCUCCGACCCCAAACUCCCAAAACCGUUUUGGUAGGAACUUCGGCUGCCCACACCAACCAAAACGACACUCACACCCAGCAAAACGACACCAGCAUCCCCAGCCUCGUGUCCGAGUUGCGAGCCACCACUCGCGAUUUUGACCGAGUUGAACGCGCCUUGCUCGAAAGGGAAUCACGCCUCAUCGCGGCGAUUCAAGAGAAGGAUAACGAAAUCGCGUCCCUCAAAGUGAAAGACAGUAUCCAUAGCUUGGAUAAGUUGAACCUCGAAUCGCAGCUCAAGGAGUUCAGAAAUGGAGGAUCAAAGGUCUUCGUUGAGGUUAAGAAGGAGGAGAAUGUUGAUUCUGAUUCGACCGAUGCUGGAAAGUGCAUGCAUUGUUUGGAGAUGAAGAACGAAUUGGAAAAAGAGAAGGAUUUGAGUGAGUCUCUUAGGGAUAGGAACAUGCAGUUGGAGUUUGAAAAGUCCAAGCUCUUGGAAGAGAAGAAGAAAUGGGAUGAUCAGAGAGGUGUUAUUGAGGAUCUUGUGAAGAAGAGCAUUGAAUUGGAAGCUGAGAAGUGUGGGUUGAAAAAGAAAUGUGAUGCUGCCAAGAGAGGGAUUGAUGGAUCGAGGAAAGGGGACAGCCGUGGGGCCGAUGAGGCGUCGUUUGAGUGUAGGAAGAGGAAGUUCAUUGAAUUUAGUGAGAGGGUUUCGAGGUUGGAGAGAGAGACUGCCAAGAAUGAUAAACUGAUAUCUUUGGAUGACAAUGAAGGUGGUGGUGGUGGUGGCAGUGGUGGUGAUGGUGAUGAUGACGGUGAUGGCAGCAACACUGAGGAGAAUAAAAAGAUUCAGAUUGAUGAUAGUGUUGAGAAAGAUGCUGUGCAAAGGAAUGAAAAUGUUGGUCAUUCUUCAAGAGAUUCAACUAUACUGAUCAUACCAAGCAAAGAUGGUGUUGGUGUAACUGCUGCUUCAGUACCAGAGAUUUCUCCUCCUCCUCCUGCACCAGAAUUCCAAGCAGGGUCGAGUCAACCUCAAGCUCAAGAGGUUGACGUGCAACAAUUCUAUAAAAAGUUCUAACAGUUUCAGUUAGACACCCAACAAUGUCACGAGAAAAUAAUGUUUAAGCUGAACUAUCUCUGCAUGAUAGCUCGAGCUAGAGCGGAACAAUAUGACAGGAAGAAGAAGCUAGAAAAAAAGAGACAGGAAGAGCUUCAAAGACAACAAGUGUGGCGUGUCCGAACAGAGGAGGUGACAGUUGAAACUGAGGAUGAGGAAAGCAGUGAGAAUGAAAUGGACUCCAAAAAAAGAAAGAAGAGUCAAGAGGAUUCUA